UUUUAAGAGGAAUUGUUAGAAUCAAGUUGCUAGGAGACUUCCUGUUCAGAGUUAAAUUUCCUGUCAGAUUACAAAAUCUGGCCGGAACGUUCGGUACCACCCUGUACAUACAUGUGUAUGUACACAUGUACUGAACACACGGCGGCUCUUUGACAGUCAUCAACUUAAUCAACUAUAAUCUGGCUUUAACGGUAGAAGCUGCUAUAAGUAACAGAGCUUGUGGACGCUGUGCAUCACAAACACGAAACGAUUUCUACGAUAACGUAAAUAACGAAGCCUGUAAGUUGCGAUAACCGAUUGAAGGAGGAAAAAAUUAUUAUCUGAGUGCGACGGUACCGCUUUGAAAAUGGACAAGGACGUUAUCAAAUCACCGCCUGUGUGCAAUGGAAACGCAAGCCACGAUGAACUUCAUGAAGACGAUAUAAACAGCAGUGAACCAUCAGUGUCGGACACUCUUAUCUUUUAUGUAAAUGGAAAAGAGGUUUCAGAUAAAAAUAUACAGCCGCAAUGGACCCUUCUAUGGUAUCUUCGCAACAAACUUGGAUUGACCGGUACAAAACUUGGUUGCGCGGAAGGAGGGUGUGGAGCCUGUACAGUUAUGAUUUCGAAGCUUGAUCGGGUUGCUGGGAAAAUUAUUCAUUUGGCCGUUAACGCAUGUCUAACACCGAUAUGCGCCGUGCAUGGUUUGGCUGUAACCACCGUGGAGGGUAUUGGUAGCACACGGACCAGGUUGCAUCCGGUACAAGAGCGCAUUGCUGCGGCACACGGGUCGCAGUGUGGAUUUUGCACGCCUGGUAUAGUCAUGUCUAUGUACGCUCUGUUGCGCAGCAUACCGAAACCGACUAUGGAGAAUUUAGAAAUUGCGUUUCAAGGUAAUCUAUGCAGAUGUACGGGAUACAGACCGAUUAUAGAGGGAUUCAAGACUUUUACGGAAGAAUGGGAACGGUCGCAGUUGAUGAAUAAUGGACGAGAGGAAGGAACAAACAGCACGAGAGUCUGUGCAAUGGGCGAUGCCUGCUGCAAAAAGGCUUUCACGUCCGAACCAACCGAAAUUUUCAAUUCCAAAGAGUUCCGCCCGUACGAUCCUACUCAAGAACCGAUAUUUCCACCGAAAUUAAAAAUUGAAUCUAAACUGGACGAGCAGUAUCUGAUAGUAAAAGGAAGAAAUGCCGGUUGGUACCGACCAACAAACCUCAACACAUUGCUUGCUCUUAAGGAACAGUAUCCAAAUGCUAAAAUUGUCAUCGGUAACACGGAAAUUGGGGUGGAAAUGAAAUUUAAACGUUUAGUAUACCCGAUACUUAUACAACCAACACAGAUCAAAGAAAUGCGUGAAAUUGUUGAAACAUCGGAGGCAUUGAGAAUGGGUGCGGCUGUGACUUUGGUCGAGCUUGAGGAAACAUUAAGACGUUAUGUUAAAAUAAAACCUGAAUAUAGUACAAGGAUCUUCACGGAAAUAAUCAAUAUGUUACAUUGGUUUGCUGGAAAACAGAUAAGAAACGUUGCUGCUGUGGGUGGUAACAUAAUGACUGGGAGCCCAAUAUCAGAUUUGAAUCCAAUCUUUAUGGCUGUCGGUAUUAAAUUAAAUUUAUGCAGCUUGAAACAUGGCCGUCGAAGUAUACCAAUGGAUCAUACCUUUUUCAUCGGAUAUCGACGGAACAUUGUUUUACCUGAGGAAGUAUUAGUUUCUAUCGAUAUUCCUUUCACGAAAGAGAAUCAAUAUUUUAUUGCGUACAAACAAGCAAAGAGGCGAGAUGAUGAUAUCGCCAUUGUCAACAUGGCCUUAAAUGUACAUUUCGUUCCUAAAACGAAUGUAAUUCAGGAAGUGCAUAUUGCAUUCGGUGGGAUGGCACCUACUACCAUUUUGGCGAGACAAACUUGUCAGAAAAUAAUUGGAAGAAAAUGGAGUAAAUCAAUCUUGGAGGAGUUUUACGAUUCCUUACUUGAGGAGCUACCAUUAGCGGAUAACGCACCUGGAGGAAUGAUCAAGUAUCGUCGAUCUCUCACUCUCAGUUUAUUUUUUAAAGGAUUUAUGCAUAUCUUCAAGGAAUUAACGAAAAACGUUUCGGAUAUCGAGUGUAUGUCGAAGGAGCUAGAAAGCGUUUCAGAUUGCUUCCAUUAUAAAGCACCAAAAAGCUCCCAAUAUUACCAAGUGGUGCCCAAAAAUCAAGAGUCGAAUGAUCUAAUAGGACGUCCUAUUGUGCAUACUAGUGCAUUUAAGCAAGCAACGGGAGAAGCGAUAUAUUGCGACGAUAUGCCUAAAUUCGCAAAUGAAUUGUACCUAGCAUUGGUCCUCUCUACAAGAGCGCACGCAAAAAUCUUAAAAGUCGAUCCCUCUAAGGCACUGUCUACAGAAGGAGUCGUGUCAUUUUUCUCUUCGAAAGACAUAGCGGGAGAUAAUAGAUGGGUUGGCCCUGUAAUUCAUGACGAAGAAGUAUUUGUAUCAGAAAAGGUUACUAGCCAAGGCCAAGUAAUUGGCGCAAUUGUUGCCGUCGACCAACUUGUCGCUCAAGCUGCAGUAAAAAUGGUUGAAAUAGAGUAUGAAGAUUUAGACCCUGUUAUCAUAUCUAUCGAGGACGCUAUCGCGCAUAAAUCCUUCUUCCCUGGUUUCCCUAAGCAUAUCAUCAAAGGUGAUGUUGAGAAAGCUUUUGCGGAAGCGGACCAUGUUUUAGAAGGGGAAAUACGUAUAAGCGGCCAGGAGCACUUUUAUUUGGAAACAAACGCUACGAUUGUCGUGCCACGCGAGGAAAAUGAACUGGAGGUGUUCUGCUCCACGCAACAUCCCAGCGAGAUACAGAAACUAAUUGCCCAUUGCCUGGGUAUACAUUCAAACAGAGUUAACGUCCGUGUGAAGCGCAUAGGGGGUGGUUUCGGUGGGAAAGAAUCCCGUGCGGCAUUACUCGCGUUACCGGUGGCACUCGCGGCACACAGAUUACAGAGACCAGUUCGUUGCAUGUUGGAUAGAGAUGAAGACAUGAUGAUAAGCGGGACGCGACAUCCAUUUUUAUUCAAAUACAAAGUUGGAUUUAAUAAUGACGGCUUUAUCAAAGUGGCGAGAGUGUAUAUAUAUAAUAACGCAGGUUACUCUUUUGAUUUGUCAACAUCGGUAUUAGAUCGCGCCAUGUUUCAUUUUGAAAAUUCGUAUAGAAUCCCCGUGUCGGAGAUACACGGGUACGCGUGUAAAACAAAUUUACCGUCGAACACGGCUUUCCGAGGCUUCGGUGGACCGCAAGGAAUGUUCGUAGCUGAAACUAUCAUUCGCCAAAUCGCUGAUUAUUUGGAUGCAGAUGUUGUCAAGCUGUCCGAAUUGAAUUUAUAUAAGGAAGGCGAUUUAACGCAUUACAACCAGCAACUUGUUAACUGUACUCUGGAUCGCUGCUGGCGCGAAUGUCUAGCAUCAUCCCGUUAUUAUGAAAGACUAGUUGAGGUUCAACGUUACAAUAAAGAGAACCGAUUCAAGAAAAAAGGACUCGCGGUCGUUCCUACGAAGUUCGGUAUAGCAUUUACUGCAUUGUUUUUGAAUCAAGCGGGCGCGCUGGUGCAUAUCUAUACUGAUGGCUCGGUGCUAAUCAGCCAUAGUGGCGUUGAGAUGGGACAAGGUCUACACACAAAAAUGAUUCAGGUUGCUAGCAGAAUAUUGAAGGUAAAUCCAUCCAAGAUACAUAUCGUUGAAACGGCUACUGACAAAGUUCCCAAUACAUCUGCCACUGCAGCGAGUUGUGGAUCUGAUUUGAAUGGCAUGGCAGUUAUGAAUGCUUGUAACGAAAUCAUGAAACGAUUACAACCGAUAAUUGACAAUGAUCCAAAAGGUACCUGGGAUGAAUGGAUAAAAGUAGCGUACUUUCAAAGAAUAAGUUUGUCCGCCACCGGUUUCUACCAAACACCCAACAUUGGAUAUUCCUUCGAGACUAAUACGGGACAUCCCUUUAAUUAUUUUACAUAUGGCGUUGCUUGUACGGAGGUGGUGAUUGAUUGCCUUACCGGUGACCACGAGGUAUUACGAACAGAUAUCGUCAUGGAUUUGGGAGAGAGUUUAAAUCCGGCCAUUGACAUAGGGCAAGUUGAAGGUGCCUUUGUUCAAGGAUACGGUUUAUUCACAUUAGAGGAAAUGAUUUACUCACCGACGGGGACAUUAUUCAGCAGAGGACCUGGCGCCUACAAAUUGCCUGGUUUCACGGACAUACCACAGGAAUUUAAUGUAUCCUUAUUAAAAGGGGUUUCCAAUCCAAGAGCGGUAUAUUCUUCUAAGGCUGUUGGGGAGCCACCAUUGUUUCUGGCAUCAUCUGCGUUCUUUGCAAUUAAGGAAGCAAUAAUGGCUGCACGCAAAGAUAUGAAUAUUCACGGCUAUUUUCGUCUUGAUGCCCCUGCAACUGCUGCACGUAUACGUAAUGCCUGUAUAGACAAUUUAACAAUGAAGAUUACAGAGCCUGAUUUAAAACGACAAUGGAAUGUAGUGCCGUGAACAAAAUUCUCAAGGUCUCAUGUUUAUGAGACAUUUUUAAGGAUAAAAAUAUUAGAAUUAUGUUGAUAUAAAUAAAAUAUAAAUAUUGAUAGAUAUUAACAAAUUAGCUAAAUAUUUGUAAAGUAUAUCAUGAAUAUAAAAAUAAUAUAUUCAUUGUUAUUACAAACUCAAAUGUCAUAGAUUGUCAUAAAUAUAUGAUUUACAGAUACUCUAAAAAUAUAGCGUUUAAUGCUUGUUUAGAUUA